ACUUUUGUAUUGCAAUUCCACUCUCUCAGUGAUUUCAAUUUAAAACUGAUAUAUAUAUUGGUGGGGUUUCUUGAGUUUCUCUCUCAAUCUCAAUCCAAAGUCCAAAAUUUUCCAAAUGGGUUCUCUCCUUUUCUGUUUUCGCCAAUUCACAAUUCCUCCACCAUGGAUUCAAUCUUUUUCUCUGGGAUUUUUGCACUCUCUCCCACAAUAAAACAGUCACUAUCUGAUAUCGACACCCACCAGUUGAUUAAACUUUAGUUAUACUUCCCACUUCCGUGCAAAUUAAUUCAAAAUUUUAGCCUCUUUUUGCCUUUCCCCAGUUGGGUUAUAGCGUUUUCUUGAAAUGAUUCAUCAUGGGAAUCGAAUUUCGUUUUGGUUUUGGCGUGGAUGGGAUUGGAAUUCCUUCCUAUGUUGAAGCUGCCAAAGUUAGCACGAUUUUAGUUGGCAAUAGAAGACACUGUUGAAUUGUGGAAACUGUUUUCAUUGGGAUAAUUUUGAGUUUUGAUUGGUGUAGAGGAGAAAUUUUUAGUUGAAGAGAAAAGGGUUUUUGUAGAAUGAUGUCUUCGGGAGUGAAUUUGGUGAUGACAGUGAUUGGGUUCACUGUGAGCACUUUGUUCAUCGUGUUCGUUUGUACAAGGCUUGUUUGUGCUAGGAUUCAUCUCAAUGCUUCAAGGCGUUCCUUCCCAAUCGCUUCUAGAUCCGAUCUCAGUGGGUUGGAACGGGGAUUACACGGUGUAGAGCCUAUGGUUGUAGCCAACUUUCCGACUAAGAAGUAUAGUGAUGAUUACUUCUCGUCUAUGCAAAAUGCUCAAUGCACAGUUUGCUUGGCAGAUUAUCAUAGUGAAGACUUAUUGCGCAUUCUCCCCUACUGUGGACACUCCUUCCAUGUGAACUGCAUAGACAUAUGGCUGCAUCAACACUCAACAUGCCCAGUUUGUCGUCUAUCGUUACGCGAGGUCCAAGACAAGAAACGAACAAUGCAACCCUUGUUUAGCUCAGCAAUUCGCGCUCUCAACUCAGAUCCCUGCCGCGGGUUCCCAUUAAGAGACCUUGAAAACAAUGGGUUGGAACAACCAAUCCAAGAGAAUCACUACACAACUGGGACCAAUGGAGCAGCGGAUCCAAUAGAGAACGCUUCCCCAUUCAUCGAGGGUAACCAGAAUAGUAAAGGCUGUAGAAACAAAAAUGUAGAAAGUCCAUCAAAUGCUUGAGCUUCUCUGAUAGGACACUGGACCUGAUCAUAUAGAACUGUGUCCUAAAACUAAAAGUAGAUGUCCUUCCCUUAACUAUCUCAUCUGCUUAGAAAGCUUGUCUAUCUUGUUAUUUACCACUGUAUAUAAGUGUUGUUUGUAGUGAAUUAAUCUUUUGCUGUUGAUUUUUCUUUGUACAACAUUAGUUAUUUUUACACCGUGAACCUUGCUUUUAAUAGUUCA